AUGUCAAGUGCAAUUUUUAGUUUUAGUUUAUGGCUAUUAUUUCAUUUCGGACUACAGGACUGUCCAGAGCAGACUACAAAUGCAGGAAUGAAGGUCAAAUGGGAACAAACGGCUCCAGCAAAUAAUGUCAUAUCUAAUCCCGUUUGCUAUGCUAACGAUCGUUUAAUAACAAGAGAUUGUGUCGGUUCGGUAUGGAAGCCUUCUGCAAAAGAGUUGAGUCCAUGUAUGCAGGUUAUUAAAUAUUACAACCUUUCUGCAUGUCCACCGGGUUUUGAAAAAAUAUCAAAAAACAAUAAUGAAUACUGUUACCAAAUCCAAAAAUCGUCACCAUGGGACUAUCCCUGUUUUAAAAGUGGUGGUGCUUCUGUUAUUACAGACUUAAGCGAUGAGGAUUUGACAUCACUAUUGGAUUCUUUAGUUUUUAAAAACAUAUCACGAUAUUUUUGGUUACCGGCGAAACGAGCAAAAUUAAUUAGUCCGGUUCAGUGGUACAUCCCUGGACCGAAAUGGGGACAUCCAGUUGAAAGUAGCAAUAAUUUGACGAUUCGAAAUUUCUUAUUAAAAAAUUGUUUACUUCUCGACAUAAAACAAAGAGUUUUGAUGACAGAAUCAUGUACAGAAAAUCAUUACAAUCUUUGCUUUUAUAUUAAUGACGUACAUUAUCCCGCAAAAUGCCCAAAGAAUUAUCAUUCUUUUAGAUAUUUGCCUGAUGAGGGAGUGUGUCUUGGAAUAGAAUAUUCUUCCACAAAUUUAACUUUUGACGGAUUUAUUGAAAACAAAAUAUGUAAAACACCUAUGGGUGGUCAUGAUAUUAACGACUUAGCGAGAUAUAUUUUUAAAAAAAUAGCGAACAUAAAUAAUUUACCCAAUGAUAUGUGGUGCUGGUUUGCUUCAACCAAUUGGGACUUUGGAAACGACUCCGACAGAAAUAUAUUAAGUUGGAUAUUACCUAAAAUAUAUAUAUCAAUGAAUAAUAUUGGCGCCUUAAGUUUCUUUACUCCUACUCCACCUACACAUCUGCCUUGUAUGGCAUGCCAAACUGAAGUAAUCUAUGAAAAAACAGAAUUAAUGUUUGAAUAUGACGAUAUAAAAAAAAUAAUGUAUCUUACUAUAUACUUUCCUUCUGGUCUUUGGAAAUAUGAUCAAAAUGAUCGUGGUAUUCAAUGUUUUUCAGAUGCAAAAGGAUUUGUCAAAGUUAUCGACAUUAAUGACAUACCUUUUAUUGAAAUUGAGUCAUACAGUAAUUUGUUGAACGACACAUUAAACAUUGACAAGGUGGUAUAUGCAAUAAAUCUUAUUACAGACAGAGCAGCUCAGUAUUGGUGUGAAGGCCACACAAAGGAUUUCUCAUUGAUUAGAACUGAUAAAAUCGUUGUGAAUCCCCAAGGUGAUGAAGUUCACGUUUUUUCUCUUGUUAUAAAGAUUUUUAUCAAUCAUGUUGAAAUUCAAGUUGAUCUUGAAACUGUUAAAGAUAAUUUAUGUGAAAAUAUAACAAAUAUUUUUGGAGCUAAUAAAGUCCUUUUAAUGGAAUAUCUUGAAUAUAAUCAUGAAUAUCUAAUGAUUGCGAUGCAUAUGGAUAUUACAAUUAACGAUGUGUAUGAUAGUAAAUCACUCAAUAUUGAAAAUACAUUUAAUGAUAUAAAAAAGAUUGCAGAUACUGAACUGCUGAAACAUAAUUAUAUUUUGGUUAAUGUUUCAAGUUCAAUGUACUGUUUACCUACGACAUCUGAAGAUAAUUCACAUACACUCAAUUGGGAAUUAACACCCAUUGGGCGUAUAACAGCACCGAAACAGUUUUGUUUACAAGAAAAUGGAUUGCCAGUAAGAAGACGUUGCGCUGGUUCAUACCUUUUAGGAAGUUUUUGGGAUAAAGUAGAAGGUACCUGUAACAAAAAUUACCAACCAUCUAACACAACAACCUUUUUAUAUAAUUUUGUUAAAGGACAAGUUCCUGCAAAUGACACUUCAAGUUUUCUUACUGAUGGUCUAAGUUUUGUUUUAGGUAAUGUUAAUAUUAUCAUUCCUGCUGAUAUAUAUUAUUUAUCAAUGUCUUUACAGCAUGUACUCCAUAUUGCACAAGAAAAUGAAUCAUCAGUAGAUAUGGGAAACUUUCAAAAUAUUGCAUGGAUUAUGGACAGACUUAUGAUACUCAAUAGUAAUUACUUGAGAUUAGCUCAAACGCUUAACUCUACUAAUGUUAUAUUAGAUUCCGUAAAUAAUAUUAUUGAAAUGCUUACCCUCAAAAGUUCAUGUAUGGCCGAAAGACUUACAACAUCUAGAAAAAACAGAGACAAUAUCAUAAGUGAAUAUGAGCUUGCCGUUGAACCGCAAUUUAUUCUACAAAUUUCUUUUCCAUGGUUGAAUAACAUAAGUGGGGUGGCAGUAAUUAAUAAUGCUAAAAAUGACGAAUUUACAGAAAUGACAAUCAAACCUUUGUUUAAAAACACAACUUUAAAUGAAGUAUUAGCGUAUGAAAACUUAGAAAUUGCUACUUGGCUACCAGAUGACCUUCUCAAUACUUUAAAAGUAAAUAAAAAUGAAAGUGAUAAUGAAACAGAUACUAAUUACGAAAGUGUACACAUAAUAAUAAGCAUUUUUCAUAACGAUGCAAUAUUUCAAGAAAUAGACAGUGAUAGAUACAAGGUAAACAGUCGUAUAGUAGGAGUUUCAAUACCAGGCUUUGUAUCGAAUUUGGAAAAACCAAUGCCUUUGGUGUAUAAAGAUUUAAUACCGGCCGUUGAAGGAGCAGUUUGUGGAUAUUGGGAUUUUCAAAGUAACAGCGCUAAUAAAGUCCCAGGCUAUUGGUCAAAUAGGGGGUGUUAUUUGAGAAAAUGGGUGGAUUAUAUAAAUUAUUGUGAAUGUUAUCACCUAACGAAUUUUGGACAACUCCUAGAUCUUAAGCGAGGCCAAAACAAUAGUGACCCCAUGGAAAUUAAAAAACAUGAUAAGCCACUUAACAUUAUUUCGCUAGUCGGCAGCUUUUUGUCCUUGCUUGGUAUAAUGGGCAUUUGGGUAACAGCGUCAGUUUUCUAUGCCUGGCGGAAAAAAGCAGGCACAAAAGUUUUAUUACAUCUUUCGGCAUCCAUUGCAUUACCUCUUUUAUUCAUGAUUGUAUUUAAUUUAGAUAAUACCAUUUUUGAAGUAAAGGACGGAAUAAAUAUGCUUACUGAUUAUUCAAAAGCCGUGUGUAUCUCCUUAGGAGCUUUAUUACAUUAUUCAGUUUUAGCGAGCUUUAUGUGGAUGUUAAUUACUGCAGUCUUACAAUUUAUUAGAUAUGUGCGAGUUUUAGGCGUGUAUCGUCCUUCUAGGUUUAUGGUUAAAUUUACUCUGAUAGGAUGGGGUAUACCGUUAAUACCAGUAAUAGUUGUUCUUAUACUAGAUACGGAAAACUACGUCCCGUUAUUGGUAGCAGCUAGAGAAUAUAAAUAUUCUAUAUGUUAUCCCAGUGGUUUUUAUUUAAUUGUAAGUGUCAUCGUGCCAAUUUGCAUAAUCUUGUUAAUAAAUAUUACUCUAUUUAUUUUGGUUAUUUACGCUAUUUCUAAAGGACCUGACGGUAAAAUGAGAAGAGCUGAUCUUGACCUUAUUGGAGCCCAAUUACGAUUAUCAAUAUUUUUAUUCUUUUUACUGGGCCUUACUUGGGUUUUUGGUAUUAUAUCGUUUUCAAAUAACAUUAUUUGGUCUUAUCUUUUUUGCCUGACGUCAACAAUGCAAGGUUUUGUCCUAUUUAUAUACUUUGUAGUGUGUGACACUCAAACACGUAAUUUAUGGGUAACAUUAAUGAAACCUCAGUUUCGUCCUAAUUCAUCACGAGAAAGUAUUACAAGUAUAAGCAGUAGUUAAAUUAUAAAUAUAUAUGUAGUUUAAAUUUAUAUUAACCUUAUAAAUUUAAAACAAAGUCAUUUUUUACGAUUUCACGUGAUACUUAUACUAUAAUCUAUAAUAUAAAAAUGAGUCGCUGAAUGUGUUGCUAAGCGUAAAACUCGAGAACGGU